AUGCCCAAAACUCUUUCGUGCCCCUCAGCGGAAGGAAAAGAUUCGAGAGGCUCAAAGAGACGAUUCGCGCAGCUCACCCCGAACCCGACGGCCGACGAGACACACACACAACCACCCCCCCUUCUCUCUCGCGACGAUUCCAUACCUCGACUUUUGACGAUCCGAUAUCGAAAAAAAAGUCCGACGACGAAAUCCCUAUUCCGUCUACACCGUUUCGAUACCACAAACACCCACCCACUUACCCACACACACACACACACCACACAACCGCCCAUCAUGGAGGAAGUCUACGCCGCCCUCGGUGAGGAGAGCAUCCUGCCCAAGGUCGCGUCGCAGCUGUCGAGACACCUCGUCUUCCCGCUGAUCGAGUUCGAGGCCGGCCGCGCCGAGGAGAAGGGCGACGACGAGACGGCCCGCAAGAUCCUCGCCGGCAAGAUCAAGCUGCUCGAGGACACCAACAUGGCCGACUACGUCGCCCAGCUGUACCAGGAGCUCAACGGCGGCAGUGAGGCACCCGCCGAGUACGCCAAGAAGCGCAACGAUGUCAUUGCCCAGCUCGAGAAGUACGAGCAGGACACGGCCAAGAUCUCGGAGCUGCUCACCCGCGAGGACGUCGUUGGUGCCCUGCGCAGCGACAAGGUUGCCAACUUGGAGUUUUUGAAGAAGGACCACGAUGUCACCAUCGAGAUGGUCAACGCGCUCUACGAGUUCGGCCAGUUCCAGUUCCGCUGCGGCAACUACGGCGCCGCCGCAGAGCUUCUGUACCAGUUCCGUGUGCUGUCGACCGACAACGACCGCGUCGCGUCGGCGACCUGGGGCAAGCUCGCGUCCGAGAUCCUGACGACCAACUGGGACUCGGCCGUCGAGGAGAUCAUGAAGGUCAAAGAGAGCAUCGACAGCAAGCUCUUCAACAACCCCCGCGCACAGCUCGACCACCGCGCCAUGCUCGUUCACUGGGCCUUGUUCCCGCUCUUCAACCACGAGGCUGCGCGCGAGCCCAUCCUGGACCUCUUCUUCUCCGCCGCCUACAUCAACACCAUCCAGACCGCCUGCCCGUGGGUCCUGCGCUACCUCAUUGCCGCCGUCAUCACCGGCCGCUCGCGCUCGCGCAACUCGUCGCUGCACCAGAAGCAGAUGAAGGACGUCAUCCGCUACGUUCGCCAGGAGGCCUACGAGUACGCCGACCCCGUCACCGAGUUCGUCUCGGCCCUCUACGUCGCCCACGACUUCAACGCCGCCCGCGAGGCCCUUCGCAAGGCCGAGGAGGUCUGCCGCGCCGACUUCUUCCUCAUGUCGUCGUCCGACGCCUUCGUUGACGCCGCCCGCCACCUCAUCUGCGAGAGCUACUGCAAGAUCUUCAGCCGCAUGAACAUCCGCGACCUUUCGGCCAAGCUGGGUCUGAACCCGGAUGACGGCGAGAAGUGGAUCGUCAACCUCAUCCGCGAGACGCGUCUCGAUGCCAAGAUCGACUCCCAGGAGGGCACCGUCAUUAUGAACCACCCGCCCAACAACGUCUACCAGCAGGUCAUCGAGAAGACCAAGGGUGGCUUCUUCCGCACCCAGGUGCUCACCGCCGCCGUCUCCAAAUAGGGUACGGAGACGAAGACGACGAUGACGACGGGUGCCUGGUGGGGAGAGAGAGCGGCGGCAGCGUAAUGGCAUGACAACACCCGCACACGUAUAACACUUAUACACACACACACUACACUUAUGAGAGAAGACCGGAUGGCGGGGUGGGGAGGGGGUUGUUAUUGCACACGCACACUCACACUCACACAAAUACCCGAGAAGAGAGGAAUCGAAAAGAAUUCGGGUUCCCCCCCUUUUUUAUAACUUUCAACGACUACUACUCUUCCUACUUGUGACCCUCACCGCCAGGGGCAAUAUCAGAGACCAUCCCAAUGGAGACCAAUACCCCAGAGACGGAGACCGUUUUGCCGGGAGUAUGAGGUUGCCUUUUGUGGGGUCUCUCGGCCUUGAGUGGGUGGUGUUUUGGUGGCGGCGUAGUGGUGAUGAUGGUGUGAGGUGACAGUGACUUUGGUCGCGUUGCGUGGAUUCAAGAACUCUCCCCCUCCCCGCCCUGUUCAUAGAACUCCUUUUCUUAUUUUCUCUUGUUUUCCCAAACGCGACACGAUCACGGGGGGGAAAAACAAACCUACACUCCCCCUCCUCCCCCCCCCCUCGAGACUUCUCUUUUUUCUCUUUUGCAUCGGCACGGCGUUCAGGGCAAGAAAAUCGGAGGGGGAAGCAAAAGAGGGAUGAGGUCGGGAGGGGAAGACCUCUUCGUUUAAAGGGCAAUGUGGGAGACGAAAGACGAACCGAACGAAUGGGGCUUGUAAAAGAAGUCAUGGGGGUGGUUUAGAGAGUGAGAGAUUCCACCUCCCUACUCCCUUUUCUCUUUUUUUAUUGAAGUCUAUUAGCAAGGUCCCCUUUCCUGAGUGAGGAUGUAUCCUACACACCCGCUUCUGUGUUGUGAAGUUGAGACAGAUAUUCGCGUGUGUUAGCAACGGAGUUCAAAUGAGACGCCCGAAGCCCCUACCCGCCGAGUCUUCCCGGACUGCCAGGGAUUACAGAUGAGGAUGGAGGCCGAAAACGAGAGGCCUCUCGGCCGUUUACUGGGUUUGACGUUCCCGCAGUCUCCUUCUUUUCGACGUGACAUCGUUAGGCCACUAUUCUGAAAAUUCGUCAACGGGGCGACGAAGCAUUAGGGAGGAUAGCAAAUGCUUUUAUUUUCGUCAGGCGUUUCUUCAUAAUGUUAAUGAUCCAUGGUACCAACGGCCCGUGAAACAUGACCGGGCCGUCUGUUCACAUCUACGUCCAC